AUGUUUAGCGUCUACGUGCCGACGAAACUACACACAUUCAUGCGUCUUCCCGAGGCUGGACGGGCCGAAAAAUGGAGCUCGUGCGGCGCCAUGUCAGCGUCUCCGUCCCGACCGACCAUCUCGAGUCUGGUAAUCGAGACGACCCAGCCCACUCAGACACAAGCCAGACAGCCGCAACAACGCCUUUGGCUGACUCGCUCAACUCCGGCCAGCGGCACCAACCGGUGCCGGACUCGGCGCACAAUCGCUUCCUCCACCGUCCGACCCACUCGGCCCAUCGCAGCCCCGCCUGCUCCAUUUCGCCUCGCCACACCUCACCACGGCAAAACCCGAGGUCGGAGUGGUCGGCGUCACGGCGACGGAAGUGAUGGCUUGUCCUGCCAGGACAACACUCACACUCGGCGGACACAGACGAAGACAGACAGGUGCGCGAAAGACAACCCGAGAAGACGAUACAGCCCGGGGAGACAGACGGUUCUUACUCCAAAGUGGGUUCGCCAAGCGAGACCGGUUGGUUUAGUCAGGCCCCCAGAGGUUCUUCGUCGUCGUCGUCUCGGACAGCAACAGAAGCCGUAG